AUUUGAUCCACUCGUAUAGCUUUCCUACGCCGCACAUGUAGUGAUAGGCUUAUAGUUUGCUAAUCAGUUUUACAUUCUUAUCUUUACACGUUCAAUUGUAAAUGUAAAGUGUAUUUAUACACGUUGAGAGAAAUAAGAUUGAUACGUUGAAUUCCAAACAUCUAAUUUGGUAUCAGACGCUCCAUCUCUUCUUCCUCCUAUGGCUUCCGCCAAAUCCCCAUCAUUUCACCCAGCUCUUGCUCUCACCAACAUAAAAAGUUUUAUUCCAAUUACCCUCGAUCUUGAGAAUGUGGAAUACUCCUCCUGGACCGAACUUCUUAAGAUCACAACCCGUGCCUACCAGGUUGAAGAUCACAUCUUUCCCGAUGAAACGGAUACCUCGACCGCUUCCACUUCCACCAACCCACCUCCAGAACAAACUCCGGAGCAAGUUCUUGCCGCCGCCGCCGCCAAAGCCGAAUCUGAGGCUCUUUGGAAACGACUUGAUGCCAUGGUGUUACAAUGGAUUUAUGGGACUAUAUCCCAUGAUCUUUUGCACACUAUUCUCGAGCCGGACUCUACUGCCAAAGCCGCAUGGGAUCGCUUGGCCGAUCUUUUUCUUGACAACAAAAAUACUCGGGCGCUGCAUCUCGAAACCGAAUUUUCCAAUACCCGGUUGGAGAGCUUCCCUAACAUUGCUGCCUAUUGCAAGGCUCUCAAAACUCUGGCCACGAAAUUAUCCAACGUCGGUUCUCCCGUCAACAAUCAACGUUUGGUGUUGCGUAUUGUGAAUGGCCUCCCUCCGGCUUAUGACUCGGUUGCUUCUCUCAUUCAACAAACUGUCCCUCUUCCUCCAUAUUCCCAGGCCCGAUCGAUGCUCCUUCUGGAAGAAACCAGGAAGGCUCAACAACACAACUCCUCACCCACUGCCUUGGUUCAUACCGGUGCUCCAGUUGGUGUGCCACGGCCGGAUGUUCCACCUGGCCGCCCUCACAACCGCGGCAGGGGGCGUGGCACUUCACGUGGUGGUCUUAACCGUCCCUCCGGUUCUCCAGCGGCACCCCAAACUGCCAACCCGUGGCAAAUGCCCCCAUGGGGUUACUGGCCGCCACCAUGGAGCAUUCCGCCGUGCCCCUACCCAUCCACCGCGUGGCCCGGAAACCACAGCUCUCGGCCUCCCUCCUCCGCUGCCGGCAUACUUGGUCCAUGGCCUCACGCCGUCCAAAUGGCUACUUAUUUACAUAACGUCUUACCCUCCUCCACCCUCUCCAAUCUCUCCCCUACCCACAUUCUCUACCACAAAACCCCAUCCUAUGACCACAUUCAGGUGUUCGGAUGUUUAUGCUACCCGCACCAUCCUACAUCUACCAUUCACAAAUUAGAUGCUCGGUCCACGCCUUGCAUUUUUCUGGGCUUCCCCACUCACCACAAAGGCUAUAUUUGCCUUAAUCCCCAGACUGGCCAAAUUACUUUGUCACGACACGUCACUUUUAAUGAAACCAUAUUCCCAUAUAAAUCUCUGGCCGAGCCUACACCUCCACCUACUUACAAUUUCCUCCAAAAUCAAAUUAAUCCUAUCCUCUUAUCUCACCUCCAGAAUAAUAACUCCACCCCACCACCCCAUGCCCAGCCGACAUCAUCUGCAACUCCCACUCCUCCCACCUCACAAUUCUCUCCACCUAGCCCUCCCUUAUCCACUCCUCCCAUACCACCAGGUGACUCACCACCUCCCAUCAUCUCACAUCAUCCAAUGGUCACACGUAGCAAGGUGGGUAUAUUCAAACCAAAACACCCCAUAUCCCUCGUCUCCCAGACCUCCAUAAUUCCCUCGCCCCUUCCUAAAUCCCCUAUUCUUGCCUUACGUGACCCAAAUUGGCUUUCUGCCAUGCAGGACGAGUUUAGUGCCCUUAUUAAAAAUCGGACGUGGGAGUUAGUUCCCCGGCCCCCUAAUACCAAUAUCAUUCGUUGUCUUUGGCUUUUUAAACAUAAAUACAGGUCUAAUGGAGCUCUUGAACGACACAAAGCACGACUUGUAGUCAACGGAAAAUCACAACAAAUAGGCAUUGACUGUGACGAAACAUUUAGCCCCGUGGUUAAACCGGCAACUAUACGGACUGUUCUCUCUGUGGCGCUACAUCACUCUUGGCCCCUUCACCAACUUGAUGUCAAAAACGCUUUCCUACAUGGUAACUUAGAGGAAACCGUUUACAUGCAUCAACCUCCCGGUUUCCGCGACUCCAACAAACCACAUCAUGUUUGCCGGCUUCUCAAAUCUCUUUACGGUCUCAAACAAGCUCCCCGCGCAUGGUACCACCGGUUCUCCUCUUUCCUUUCCACCAUUGGAUUUUGUAACAGUGUAUGUGACCCGUCCUUAUUCAUAUAUCACCGGGAUCACCACACAGCCUAUCUUCUGUUAUAUGUGGACGAUAUCAUCCUCACUACCUCCUCCGAUGAUCUUCGUUGCUCCAUCAUUCAAACUUUGGCUGCUGAGUUCUCUAUGACUGACCUUGGACCUCUUAGUUAUUUCUUGGGAAUUGCUGUCACUCGUCACCCACAAGGUAUUUUUCUUAAUCAAGCCAAAUAUGCCGGUGAAAUCCUCUCUUGGGCCAGCCUCUCUGAUUGUAAUCCCGUAGCUACCCCAGUUGACACCAACUCCAAGCUCAGUGCAACUGCCGGUCCACCCGUCGAAGAGCCCACUCUUUACCGCAGUUUGGCCGGCGCUCUCCAAUAUCUCACGUUUACACGUCCCGAUAUCUCCUACGCCGUUCAACAGAUUUGUCUAUUCAUGCACGACCCUCGUGCCCCUCAUCUACAUGCCCUCAAGCGGAUUCUUAGGUAUGUUAAAGGCACUCUUCGUUUCAGUCUUCAUCUACGGCCGUCACCCAUUGAUAGCUUGAUUUCCUAUUCUGACGCGGACUGGGGUGGCUGUCCGGACACCCGCAGGUCAACUUCGGGCUACUGUGUCUACCUCGGUGACAACCUCCUAUCUUGGUCAUCCAAACGCCAGCCUACCCUUUCCCGUUCAAGUGCCGAAGCCGAAUACCGGGGAGUAGCCAAUGUCGUUGCGGAGACAUGUUGGUGAAGAAAUCUCCUUUUAGAACUUAAAUGUCCUCUAUCCAAGGCUACAUUGGUUUAUUGUGAUAAUAUAAGUUCAGUUUAUAUGUCCGGCAAUCCCGUUCAACAUCACCGAACAAAACAUAUAGAAAUGGAUAUUCACUUCGUCCGAGAAAAGGUUGCCCGUGGGGAGGUCAGAGUUCUUCAUGUUCCUUCGCGGCACCAGUUCGCCGAUAUCUUCACCAAAGGCCUUCCGCGCGUUUUAUUUGAGGACUUCCGGACCAGUCUAAGCAUUCGGGCACCUCCCGCUUUGACUGCGGGGGGUGUUAACGCAUGCAUGGCACAUGCAUGUCGCAUACAUGCAAUUCGGAACUCAUAUGUCCACAUGCAGUGAACCUCCGUACUAAUAGUAUAUUAUUGUUGUACAUUCAAAAUAGUUUGACUUAGAAUUAUAUUUGAUCCACUCGUAUAGCUUUCCUACGCCGCACAUGUAGUGAUAGGCUUAUAGUUUGCUAAUCAGUUUUACAUUCUUAUCUUUACACGUUCAAUUGUAAAUGUAAAGUGUAUUUAUACACGUUGAGAGAAAUAAGAUUGAUACGUUGAAUUCCAAA